CUCUAUUUUAAUAUUUUUUCAAAAAAAGACUUGUAAGAAGCUUUCAGGGUGAACUUUAUUCUUUUUGAGAAUCUUGUAGACCUUGUUCACACAAACGUCCAAUCGACACACUAAAGGUUUGGUAGUAACCUGGCAUGCGACCUGGGAGGUUUUUCUAGACGCUAGGUCAUAGACGUCAGCUGACUGUGGAAGUAACACAAAGUGUUGACGUAUAAAAAGAUGAUUGUCAGUGGAUUACUUGUUCUUAUCCUCUCGGUACUCGUGUCAGCUGAUGACGUCACACAUAAACCCAAUUUUGUCAUCAUUAUGGUAGACGACCUUGGUAUUGGUGACGUUGGUUGUUUUGGCAAUGACACUAUACGUACACCAAAUAUUGAUAGAUUGGCGGCAGAGGGUGUUAAGUUGAACCAUAAUAUGGUACCAGCACCUACCUGUACACCAAGUCGUGCUGCGUUUCUGACAGGACGUUAUCCCAUACGCAUGGGUCUGGCUUCACGAUUAGCUGGCACAAUGUUCGGUUAUAACUCUGCUAUUGGUGGUAUGCCAUCCAGUGAGAUAACAUUUGCAGAAUUAUUGAAAGAAGCAGGCUACACCACCGCUGUUCUUGGUAAAUGGCAUCUAGGACUACACAGCUUUAGCUUUGGUCGUAAUUUUGAAUUUCAUCCACUGAACCAAGGGUUUGACUUUUUCUAUGGUACACCACUGACACAUAUGAACGAAUGUGCAGACAUACCAAAUGGUAGAAUCAGCUUAAUUAAAAUAUGGGAUAAUUUUUAUUUGCAUAUGACGACAUUGAAUGUUACUCUAUAUACCAUCAUUGGUCUACUAAGAUAUUUUGGCAAAAUUGGACCAGGGGUUUUCAAGCUGAUGCUAAUUUUCGCGACCAUUAUCGCAUAUCUGACAUACAACAUUCCGCACUUUAGUCGUCGAUAUGUAUGCGUGUUUCUCAAAAACUAUGAAACUGUUGAACAGCCCUUCAGAUUACAAAACAUGACUCUCCGCCUGACGAAAUAUGCUACAUCAUUCAUUGAAGAAAAUAAGGAAGGUCCAUUUCUAUUGUACCUAUCAUUUCUGAAAGUACAUACUGCAUUGUUUACAUCCAAGAACUUUACUGGAGUAAGUAAACACGGACAGUAUGGAGACAAUGUAGAAGAAAUGGACUGGAGUGUUGGUAGAGUACUUGCAAAGUUAGAUCAACUUCAACUGACGAAAAAUACAUUCGUAUAUUUCAUGUCUGAUCAUGGCGGUCAUGUUGAGGAAAUUUCCAUCGAACCAGGGCGAGAAGGUGAACGAGAAGGAGGAUGGAAUGGCAUAUAUAAAGGAGGCAAAGCCCAGGUAUGGGAAGGCGGUGUUCGUGUACCAACCAUAGCACGAUAUCCACCAUUGAUACCACAAGGAUCUGAGAUAUCUGUUCCAACUAGUAGUAUGGACGUAACACCGACAUUAGCAUCGUUGGCAGGAGUGAAAAUACCACGUGAUGUAACAAUAGAUGGAGUUGAUAUCACAAAACUUUUAGCGGGCAAAGACAAAGCGCCACCACAUGAGUUUCUUUUCAUUUAUUGUGGAGCAUGGAUACACGGUGUUACACAUCGUCCCAAAACUGGUAAUGUAUCAUAUAAAGUGGUAUUUACGUCGCCGAAAUUGACACCAGGUACAGAAGGAUGUUUCAAUACAUGGCUAUGUCGUUGCCAUGGUGAACACGUAGAUCAUCACGAUCCACCGCUGGUCUAUGACCUAACCCAUGAUCCAAGUGAACGCCAUCCUCUAGAUUCCACCAAGAACGAAAUAAAGGAAAUCAUAUCAAAAGUACACCAUGCAGUUGUACAGCAUGAAGAUACAAUUGAACCUGUAACAGAGCAGUUUAAAUUGUUCAACGUGUUACCGCUGUAUCCAUGGUUACAGCCAUGUUGCAGCUUCCCAUUCUGUUCGUGUAUAGAUGAAGACUGUGAGGAUUGGGAUAGAAUUGAUUUUUAAGCAGCGGGAUUGCAUGACAUGAACUUUCGACCAUGAACUUUUAAUUAGUUAAUCACUUUCAGUUCAGUUUCUGACUAUAUUUCUCUUCUGAACUGCACAAAGAUGAUUUGCAUAUCACUCAUUUGCAUAUUCGGAUAUGUUCUAACUCCAAGUCCCUGUCGAUUAACACUGUUAUGGUCAAAUCAUUCAGUUCGAUUACCUUAAUAAAUUCAAUAACGCGUUUUACGCCCUGACCCCGGAAUAAAAUGUUUGGUUU